CAUAAUAAUGAAGAUUUUGAUAUACAGUUCAUGCAGAGAGCUUUCUAAGACUAAGGCUUUUGAGAAGGCAGUUUUAGCUGCAUUUCAAGAACUAAAUAUUAAGAACACUUGCCCCUUCGAAGUGGUUAAAAGGGACAAGCAUAAUGUUGAUGAUUAUUUGUUCGAGACAGGGACAGAUUUUGCUAAUCCAGAUGCAAUCAAGAAGUUUGAAGCAAUUGAUGUCGUUUUCAUGGUUGGUGACCCUUCUCAGCUACCUUGGCAGCAUAAAAACGCCAAGACUGCUAUUUUGUUCAAGAUGGCUAAAGCUAAGAAACUGUUAUUCGUUAGUGGAACUGGUGUAAAUUUCCUUGUUUAUUACUGAGCUACAAGUUUUGCAAAUCUUCAUGUGUUGAAUAAUAAUGAAAAGGGAACACCUCUUGACAAGAUCCAUCAGUUUGAAAUAACUGAAAAAUGAAUUGAAAGCACAAGUGAUAGACGGAUUGGUCGGAUUCCAGUAUUUUUAGACAGCUCUACUGGAGAUUACUAUAAAUAUAAGCAACAGAAAGAUGAAUGGGUUUCUAUCGGCAACGUCGGAAUGCACAAUCCUCAGUCUAGUUCUUCUAAAGUUAACUACAGUAGCUUGAUUGAGCAAAAGCAGAAGAGUAAAGAUAGCUAUAGUUCUGAUGGGAUAUCUCAAUAUUCUAAGAAUAUAUGCAAGGUUAAAUAAAGAGUACAGUCAAAAUUACUUGUUUGCUUCUGUUGAAAAUGAGUUUGCUCUUCCUCCAUCUUAUGGAUGGGUUCCUCAUCCAACAAAUAUCACAAAUAUAAAUCAUGUGUUGAAUAAUUACACUGUACUGGCAAGUUGUGAGAAUCAGCCAUUGGUUUUAUUCCAUUUAAACACAGUUGGAACACAUUUCGUAGUAGAUCAGAGGUUCCCAGCAACUUAUCAGAUUUUGAGGAACUUUAUAUUCAAUUGAUAUAAUACUCUUUUUGCUAAAUAAAGAGGACUCCAGAGUUAAGGUUGAUCAUACCGAAAAAUACUUAGUUGAGUACCAAAGAUUGAGUUCAUCUCCUGAAGUUAAUAAGUCUGCAUUACAGAGAAUUCAAAUGUCACGGAUUUUAACUCCUGAUUUGAAGAAGAAUUAUACAUUUAAGGAAGGGAAAAAAUCCCAAAAGCAUCUCAGAAACCAAGCUACGUUUACAAAAAGUUUUAUGCACUCUGGAAUGUCUUCUUCUAAGAGAUUCGGAAUAUUGGUUGUUGAAAAUAACAGUAUUAAUAAAUCUGCAAUAAAGGCAACUCAUUGAUCAUCCUUGACCAAGAUAUCAAAGUCAGACAUCGUUUCUGACAUCAGUAACUGAUAUGGAUCAGUCAGGAUUGCUAAACCAAGCCAGAGGCGCCAGACUAGCUCCAUAGGGAUGCAACAAAUUUCAUCUGCUCUUUCAAAUCGAGUCAGGAAUUUCUCAACAAGGUCUUCAAGAACAAAGUCUCAACUCUUCACAAAAUGCUCAAAAAAAUUUGAGGAUAACAAAAAUUGCUUAUCCCAGACAAGAUUGGAUCAGAAGAGGUUCCAGGAAUUUAAGGCUGACCUGACCAAGAAGAUCAUCAAAGAUGAGUCCAAUAUCGAUGUUUCAAAUUUGCUAGACAAUACCUCAGUUCCUGAAUCAAUAAAGAUUGAAGUUGAGGAGAAGAAGAAUGCAAGAAAGCCUAAGCUGAAGUUGUCUAAAACAAACAAAAAUCAAGUUAAAAGGAGAAUAAAGCUCUCCUUGGCUAGUAUUGAGUCAAAAAUUCAGCAGAUUAAUCAAAGAGAUAUCUGUUCUGCCUCACCGAACAGGAAGUUUUGAAAAAGAAGCAGUAAGAAUCAGAAGAAAUGAUCUGUUAUUGACAUUAGUAUUACUUCGAAUGGUUUAUGUGACCUUUCACAUGACGAGAGAAGAUCAAUCUUGAUUGAUAGGCUAAACCAGAACUCUAUUCGGGCUAAGAAACGAAAUCUUAGUAAUAAGAAAAUUAAUGAGAUUUUUGAGGAAAAUUAUCUGCUUGAGAACCUCCUCAUGAACCCUCCAGAACAAAAUAUUCCUAAGACUGAAAAGAAUGACAAAAAGUGUCGAAAAAAUGGCAAAAUUAAGAUAAAGCUGUUACCUGGGCAUCUCAAAAUGAAUCAGUCGCUGAAGAAACUGUACAACUCUGUCUGUAAAAAUAAAAAAACCUUAAAACCAAAGUUUUAUAGCAGAUAUAAGGAUUUUGAGGCCAUGCCUCAAUACGACUUUGACAAACCAGUUGUGAGAUGUUCUGGCCCUUAUGAAGUUAAGGAGCAGAAACAGCCAUUUAAGCGAUUUGUCACUGCAUUUGCUCCAAGAAAUUACACACCUUCUGAAGGAUUAUGAGUAAACAGAGACCCAUCAGAUCCUCCUAUGUUACAUAAAUUCAGAGACAUUGUGAAACAAAAGUGGGUUCACUCAGAUGGGUUCAAAAUUUAAUAUGAAUAAC